UGGCGCGCGGGUGCUCCUGGGAUGUCAUCAUGGCGGUGUUUGCAGAUUUGGACCUAAGAGCCGGCUCGGACCUGAGGGCGCUGCGCGGCCUGGUGGAGACCGCGGCUCACCUUGGAUAUUCAGUUGUUGCCAUCAAUCAUGUUGUUGACUUUAAGGAAAAAAAACAGGAAAUUGAAAAACCAAUAGCUGUUUCUGAACUCUUCACAACUUUACCAAUUGUACAGGGAAAAUCAAGACCAAUUAAAAUUUUAACUAGAUUGACGAUUAUAGUUACAGAUCCAUCCCACUGUAAUGUUUUGAGAGCAACUUCUUCAAGGGUCCGGCUGUAUGACAUCGUUGCAGUUUUCCCAAAGACAGAAAAGCUUUUUCAUGUUGCUUGCACACAUCUAGACGUGGAUUUAGUCUGUAUAACUGUAACAGAGAAAUUACCAUUUUACUUCAAAAGACCCCCUAUUAAUGUGGCAAUUGACCGAGGCCUGGGCUUUGAACUCGUCUACAGCCCUGCCAUCAAAGACUCCACAAUGAGAAGGUACACAAUUUCCAAUGCCCUCAACUUGACACAGAUCUGCAAAGGAAAGAAUAUAAUUAUAUCCAGUGCUGCAGAAAGACCUUUGGAGAUAAGAGGUCCGUAUGAUGUGGCGAACUUAGGCUUGCUGUUUGGUCUGUCUGAAAGUGAUGCUAAGGCUGCUGUCUCCACAAAUUGCCGGGCAGCAUUUCUCCAUGGAGAAACUAGAAAAACUGCUUUUGGAAUUAUUUCUACAGUGAAGAAACCUCGGCCAUCAGAAGGGGAUGAUGAUUCUCUUCCAGCUUGCAAGAAAGUUAAAUGUGAGGGCUAAGAGGAUGCCCAGUCUCCAUCAGCACCACCUCCUUCCCUUUUAUAACUCAUCAGUCACAACCGAAAUGAAACUGCAUGAUUUUCUGGUUUCAUUUGAAACUAGAAACCAGAUAGACUAUAAAGACAGUUUUAUCGUCAGGCCCUUAAACAGAAGAUAAAACCUAGUGAAGCAUUUUUUAAGGCUGUUUAAUUAAUUUAGAUAUGCUUUAGGAGGAAAACAGGUUAAUUUAUCCUUUAUAUAAAUGAUAAAUAACAGUAGGUAUUCUCAGAUAAGAUGUUUCAAUAUUUUAAGAGACUUAAAAUAUAAAAUAAUGUUUUUUUUGUACUUGACACAUAUGGAUUUUUUUAAAUCUUACUACCCAAGAAGUGGCUAUUUUGAAGACUAUUAAAACCUAUGAUGGGGGUGUCUUUUAGUCAGGUGAUAGUUUUUAAGCUUCUCUUUCAUGUAUUGAUUGAAUCAGUUCUUUAUUAUUUUUGUUUAUUUAUUUAUUUAUUUUUUUGGUCUUUUUGAGGCAGGGUCUCCCUGUAGUCCCAGCUGUCCUGGAACUCACUGUGUAGACCAGGCUGGACUUGAACUCACAGAGGUCCGCCUGCCUCUGCCUCCCAAGUGCUGGGAUUAAAGGUGUGUGCCACCACGCCCUGAAUCAGUUCUUUCUAAAGAAGUUUCUGUACUUGUAGAAGCAGAAGGAAUAUGCACAUAAAGUUACACUGUUCACUUCCUUUACUGCUUUUUGCUUUCAUGAUAUAUUUAGAAUAGAUUCCUUCCCUUUAGUUAGAAACUCUUCAGUAUCUGAUAGUGAUUUUCCUUAUUACUGUAAGAUUCAAAGCAUUUGGCUUACACAAACAAAAACCCUUUUAGAAGUAAUUUAUAUUUAAUAACAGGUUCAUCAGGCUGAGUAGAAGGACCCAUAUUUUGCAUUUCUGUUAUACUGAUGUAAGCACCCCAAAGCGUGGUGGAGUGAAGCAGGAAGUUAACUAAAACACAGCAGGGAAGAACACUGCUCUGAGGGGAGAGGACAGCCAGCAUGUAAGAGAAAGCUUUCUGCUAGUCUCGCAAAGGUAGACACUGAGAUAAAAAUCACUUUUAACAGUCAUGCUUACUCCAGAAUGUAAGAAUAUUUCAUAUUGAUAGUUAAUGUACUAUAUUUUACUAUAUCAAUAGAAAAAGUUAAGAAAAUAAGAAUUUUCUAAUAGAUGCCAAAAAAGACCUUUGAUAAAAUUCAA